AUGCCUGAAAUUACCCGGGCCGAAUCCUCACGGGCCGCUCACGUUGCGGGGCAGAGACAGCGCUCUGAUCGUCCAGGAGGAAGCGACGACGCAGAACCCGACAGCGAGAGCUCCAGCGAGGAGGAUGGAUCCGAGGAUGAGGAAGACGAGGAAGGAGAAGAGGAGGACGAGGAGAGUGGCGAGGAAAGCAGUUCUCAAGUCUCAACUAUUCGGACUCGGUCAGGCAUCACCUAUGACUUGACGAAUCUCGACACCGAGUCUGGAGCCAAGGCCUUACUUGGCUUGACUGGUCAUUUUGAGGUGGUCAAUUGCGGCACUUCCUCUACUGGCUAUUCAUUCCAACUGCUUGAUCGGCCUCGUGUGCACAUCGGGCCCGGAAAGUCUCCAACCUGCACUUGCACGACUUUUCAAAGUCACCCGAAUGUGGCCUGUCACCAUAUCUUUGUGAGUCAACCCCGCUUAAGGGAGGGAGAUGCCCGUUCCAGGUCGAGCAGUAAAUCGAACGUUGGUACUGACGUGUGCAAAACUUUGCAGUGGCUUCUCGAUCAACUCCAUAGCUGCUUCUUCGCGGACCCUGCCUCAACGGAACUAGCACUGUCUCACGAUGGACGUCCGAGUAUGCAUCCACAGAUCGAAGAGCUUCUCAGCGGUAAGUUCGAAGCAGUGGCAGAUCGACUGAACUGGCCCUGCCUUCGCGCCGAGGGAGAUGAACGCAGGACCGGCAUGACUCGGGCUGAAAAGGUCCGAGAUGUUCUUUCUGCCUUCAGUCCCAAAGUCUUGCCCGAAGAUUUUCGUCGUGACUUGGUUGAAACUACGGCCCAGUCACGCACGCCCGAACAGUGCGUGGUGCAGGGCGAUCUGGAGGCGACUAUCUUUCGCCUUGCCGUGCACGAUGACAGCGUCUUUACCAGCAUCUGCAAAGCCAUGCCCUCUGGUGCCUGUGCGGUCAUCUACUUCGAUAAAAUACAGGAGCAAUUGCGUCGUCUCCUAGCCGACUUCGAUAGAUACUGCACAACGGGGGAGACCACGGCAGAAAGUGUGAGUCCUGGCCGGGGUCUGUUCGAGGUCGACGAGGUGGUGCAGCAGCUCCGUCGCUCUGUGUCUCUGAUUCAUGCCAAUAUCGCACUCCGUGCCCCGUACGGAUCAGAGGGUGCUGCUAAAGCUCUUGUCUUUAUUCUCGAGGCCGUGGCCGCACGCAACAAGGAUGCAUUGGAAGGAAAUACUUGGGGUAGGGCCUCUUUUCAUGGAGAGGAUGAGGAUCAACGUAACCUGUACCAUAUUCUUAUUGGAUCUGACGAUAUGGAUUUGGAAACUGAUUCUGAACUCUUCGUUCUUGAUGCCCUCAAUGCCCUUCCUCCCGCGGAACUCACCUUGCAUCUUCCCAAGCUGCUUGAGAUUCGCAGCAAAAUUGAAGUCAAUCGCGCGCCCAAGCAAUACCUCAUUCGCCUGGGAGCCCUCAUCCGAGUUGUGGAAGCGGCGAGCGCCGCAUCGUCAUCCGGAAUGGGCCAGAUGGGUUCCGGACAGAAGCGACCUGCGGCUAGCAAUCCAUACACAUACUCGAAACGAAGUCGCUAG